UUUACUAAAAUUGUUCCGAGAUUUUAUUAUUAAUAAUAUUUGUUAAAUUGUAACAUAAGGGUUUUUAAUAAUGUGUUAUUUAGUAUAUAUGAAAACAAUUGUUAUUAUUAUCCAUCAUACACGGAAAGAGUGUAAUUCAGUAUCUGAAACUUAAAUGCUAAACUCCUAAAGUAAAUAUCGUAAAGACUGGGAAAGUUUAAACUUAAAAGUUACAAGUUACCUGGCUUGUGUUACAAGAUUGUCAAGUUCACGACACUUUUCGAACAUUUCUUUGUAAAUGUUGUUAGAUUUUUAGCCCUAGUAGUUUCACCGUUUCAGUACAGUCUAGUACAUUACUAGCCUAAUAUUAAUAAUAAUAUUUUCUAUUUUCACGUAAAGGUGCUACAGUCUACAUGAUUAUUAACUGUUUGUUGUGUAGCUCGUGGGACUUAAAUUUUUAUUUAUUCUCUACAACAGUACAAGCACCAGAAUAUUUCAUGUCAAGGCUGAACUGAGUUUAACAUUAAACUUAAUACUAAUAAUAAUACUGUUACUUUUAAGUCUACAUUUUUAUGCUUGACACAGAACGUUAAAUAGGUGUAACUGUAAAAUCACAUUUAAUGUCUAGACUCUAAAUGACAGUUUUAACUUUGGAUGUGAUUGCGACUCUUAGUAUCACUGCAGCUGUGUGCAGUAGUUUGUUUCUUCAUUGAUUCUCAAGAACAGGACUAUUGUGUUUCCAGAACAUCAUGGGUGAUAACUCUAUCAAAGGAUCUUUAAAAGAAUCAUUUAGGGAAGCAGAUUUACAAACAGUCUGCUGUAUUUGUCCUCACAUGCCAGCUUUCAUCAACUCAAGAGACUUCUGUCAACAUCUUCAAAAUUGUCAUUGUGUAAAGAAUGGGAGAUCAUUUAUCUGUCAGUAUGGUAAAAGUGGAGUUUGUGCUUCUCUACCAGCUGAAGGAGUUUGUAGUCAGGACUAUAUAGAGCAUGUGAUCAAACAUCAUUUCGUACAAAAAGAAGGAUACCCUAGUGAUGGAUUAUCAAGCAUGAAAUUAGACAAUGAGCAUCAUAAUCUUCAGAAAGGUGAGCGUCUGUCCAUUAUGGUAGAUGAUUACGACAAAUGGACUGUCCAUAACAGUAGCCAGAAUCUUCCAGCUGUGCUGAAUGAUCCAAGACGAAGCAAGCGUGAAUUAGACUUUUUUAUAAAGACCUGGGGGGACUCUUUUGUUGAACAAGGCCCAAUUCCUUCAUCUCCAUACAUUCCAGAAAUAACGAGAAAACAUUUUGAUACUUACUUGAGAAGAAUUAACAAGAGAUACCUGCAACAUUUGAAACAAACAACUAGAUCUUCUAUUUCAAGCACUGAAGAAGCUAGAAGUGAUCUGAAGUUACUUCCUGCUGCUAGGUGGCAAGAUAAAAGACUCCCAGAUAUAGACACUGUGCCAAAAAUAUUCCUUCAGUCAGAUUUUUCUCUGCACAGUCCAGAAACCUUUAAAACUGUUUUACCAUGGGCUUGUGUACAAUCUGACCACAUUACUGUAGAGGAUUUUAAUACAUGUUCAUCCUCUAAGUUACUACAGGAAAAGCUUGGACACUACUUGGAUAUAGUGGAAGUACAAAUAGCAAGGCAGAUCUCAUUAAAGUCCAAAGCUUUUUUCCAUGCAAUGACUUCUCAUGAUGCUUUAAUGGACCAAUUGACACAUACAAUAAGAGCGGUUGAGGAUCUUAGGAACAAGAUAAAAAAAAUUGAUGAAGCACUUGUUAAAGGAGCUCUUCAAGUUAUUCACCUUCAAAAGAAGCGUUUAAGGCUGCAUGUACUGUUUAACAAGGCCAAAGUGAUGGCCACGGUCCACCAAACUCAACCAACCAUACAACUGCUGCUAUCGACUUCUGACUUUGUUGGUGCAAUUGAUCUUAUCUAUACAACCCAGAAAGUUUUAAUAGAAGAACUGGCUGGUAUUCACUGUUUUAGACAUUUAGGUUCUCAACUAGCAGAAAUGGAGAAAGUGAUUGAUAAAAUGAUGCAGACUGAGUUUACUCAUUGUGUCUCCUCAGAGUUACACAGACCUUUGACUGACCAGAUCAUGGUAUUGGAUAUUGAAAGGCUAGUGGCAGUUGUGUUUGGGAUGCUACGAAUCCGACGACAUGACUUUGUGGAAGUUUACAAGAAAGAAGCCUGCACUGCCAUUAAAGCUGUUGUUAAGCAGACAAAAAUAGAAGUUGUUGCUAAAGAAGAUUUUGAAAACAAAGAGAACACAGCAAGUGGUCUGGCAGAUCAGUUGAAAACCUUGGAUAUCUUGAGAUGGAUGGCCACUCUCGACAGUAUUUUUACUAAUUUAAUAAAACUUAUUCACAGGAUACAGGCAAUGCAUGGGAUAUUGCAAGAUGCAAUAACACUAGCUGCCAAGAAUAGUACUACCCUUUCUUCAGAUUUGGCAAUUGACCCAGAGGCAACGAACCUGACUGUUCCUGUAAGCAGUGAUCUGGAGGUAACAAUAUCAGAAAGUGAAUACAAUAAACUUACAACCUCUCUGAAAGAUUUGCUCUGUUCUGUAUGUGAUAAUGCACAUGAACAAUGUGCAAAAUUCAUUACUGCCCGAGCUGAGGAUGGCUCUCUUGAGAAGUUGUCAACUGAAGAGUUUGGUACUUUAGCACGUAGUAUUGAGAAUUUCAGCAAAGAAUGCGAAUAUGUGUGUGGUAGAAGAAGCACUUCUCUAAGACUAGCACUUCAAACACAGGCAAACCGUUUCGUCACUAAAUUUCACGAAGAAAGAAAAACUAAACUAAGUCUAAUACUAGAUAAUGAACCAUGGAAACAAGCUGAUGUUCCGGUAGAAUUUCAAGACUUAGUUGAUCAUGUAUUACAGUCAGGUAUGCUAACACUUCCUAAAAGAGAGAGCAAUAGUAUAAAUACACCAAGAAAUCCAAGAGAUCAUUUGAUUGUGGGUGAUGAAACAUUCAAAGUUGUUGGGACAGUGUUAAUACUUCUGAAAAUGAUAGUCGAAUAUUGUCAGUGUGCAGAAGACAAUCCAAUGGUUUCUCCUGAUCUUUUGACUCGAUUGUUAGAUUUAUUAAAGAAUUUUAAUUCCCGGACUUGCCAGUUGGUGCUUGGAGCUGGAGCAAUACAAUUAACUGGACUGAAAACAAUUACAACUAGAAAUUUAGCCUUAGCUUCUAGGUGCCUGCAACUUGUGGCUUACUUUAUACCCAUGGUAAAGAAUCAUUUUACACAUCUUCUGCCCUCCAAGCAACAGUUCAUGAGCAAGCACUUUGACCAGAUCCUCAAAGAUUAUACUAAUCAUACGCAAGAAAUUGUACACAAGCUUAUUACUAUCAUCGACCACAUGUUCGAAUUGCAACUUUCUAAAUGGGAAGUUAAAGCACCCGUUCCUUCAUCUUGUUUUCGAGCGAUUUCCAAACAACUCAAUAAACUUCAUGAAGCAGUUUCAGAUCUUUUACCUCCUGACCAGUUGCAAGAUAUUUUCUAUGAAGCUAACUUGAAGUUUAAAGUUGCACUACAGGGUCAUCUCAACAGAUUACAUAUAAGGAAUGAUGGAGGACCACAACAAGGGAUAGUCACUCAAGAGUUAACGUUUUAUGUAGAAAACUUGAAAAACUUGGAUGUUCUACGAGAUAUCAAUCAUAGCAUAGAAGAUCUUUGGGCAACUACAUGAUAAAUUUUAUUUUAGUUAUGAUCAUAAAACUAAAAGACAUUUUUAUAACCCAAAAUAUAUUGAUACGUGUACAAAUGUAAAAAAUAUAAAAUCAAGAAACUUGUUUUUUUGUAGUGUCAUGUGAGAAGGCGCUAUGUAAAUUAAAUUGCAUGUUCAAAAUGGAUUUCUGAAAUUUAUUGAUUCUGUGCAGAAAUCACUCAGUGAUUUUUAACAUUUUUAUAGUGAUAACUUUAUAUACAUAUAUUUAGUUUUCAAGGUGUCUUCUGGUUGGAAAUUUUUGGAAGGUCCUGUUUCUUCUGCCAUACCAAGCCUGGUAACUCAAGUUUUUGUUUUAGUAAAGUCGUAAAAAAUUAGUGAAGGAAAGUUUAUGAUGUUUGAUAAAAUUGAUAGUGUACACUUCAAUAAAAAUUUUCCUGUGUUUAAUUUUUUAUUGAACUAGGUUUAUGGUUUUUAAAAUAAUAAAAACAGUAAUGCAAAACAUCGAAAAUAGCUCUCUGUUGCAAUGGUACACAUGUUGGUGUAAACCUUGAAAUUUUCGUGUCUGUUCCACUGGAAGAACAUUAUAGGAAAGUAACCUGGACAAGCAUUCCUCAUUUCCUAAUACAUUAUAUGUAAAAUGUCCUGAAAAUCCCAAAGAAGUCAUGAAAUUCUUCUACCUUUGCCCAGUUUUAUGCAUAAACACUGCCUAUUGUUCAACAUCUGAUAAUGGAGCUAUGAAUAUAUAUAUUGAUUACAUCAAUGUAAAACAAUUUUUGUAUAAAAAAAAUAUUUUACAAAACAAAAUAAAA